UUAUCUGGCUGCUGGAGGUCACCGUUCAUCUUCUGACGUCAUUAAUUGAGGGCCAAACCUGACUCGCUCAUGUAACGGGGCCGGUGGGAAUGUGUUUGGAGCUUUUGUGCGUUUAUGUAUAAUUAAGUGUGGUCUUUACACAGACUUUUAGAGAGUUUAUUGGUGGACCUCUACAUCAUAGUCAGGAAGGCAACCAUCGGCCCCUGUUUCUAUAAAGCUAACGUUCUUCCGUUUUACCAACGGCCUUGGGUUGAAAGUUUGCGAAUAGCAUCUUAGCCACUUGUCAUUAGCAGCUCCAGCUACUCGUGCUCAGUACUGGAGUUUGAGCACGAGCACAGGAUCACGCCGGUUGUCGAGGCGCCCAGGAUGUCCCGCCGCAGCCUGCGUCUGCACACCACCGCCGAUCACUAUGGCGACGAUAGACUGCUGGACCGCCACAGCGCAUCCUACUGUGCUGGAGGGAGCAGAGAGGACCGACCUCUGAAGAGCAGGAGAGCUCAUCACUCUGUGGCUGGCUCCCAGUCUCUGAUGCUGACCCCCCAGAAGUCCCACCCGGCCCCGCUGGCCCCCCUCAACAGCAGCCUGCACAGCUGCGCUGCCAGCGACGCCUCCCUCCUCUCCUCCAUGCUGGACGAGUCCUGCAUCCAGGAGCGCACACUCAUGGACAGCUUCUGGGGUCUGGAUGGAGACGGUGAUCACGGAGAUCGCACCAUCCUUGCGAGUGGCGACGCCCUGACGGCCCAGACGCAGACGUCAGUGGUGAACGGCUACACGUGUAAAGACUGCAGCUUCCCGAAGCACUCUUUCUCCACAGCCUGCCCCUCCAAACCCUCGUCCUCCUCCGCAGCCCAAAAACACACCACCCUGAACACCGCUCCCCACGCCACCACUGUCUACAGCAGGGACAAGCCCCGCAAACAUCGCCCAGGAGUCCUGAUGCUGGUGCCUGAGGUGUGUGUUGAGUACAUCAGGCGAGCCGUCUCCUCUGUGGUGUGUGUGCUCUCUCUGCUAGUGCACACCGUGCUGCUGCAGGCCCGCACACAGGGCAAAGAUGGUCUGCGUUCCGUCUUUAAGGUGUGUGUACAAGCCUUCAGGAUAGCGUGGCUCUCUGCUGUCAGGGCCUUAGGACCCCUCCUCAGUGCCCUCCGCCUCAGGGCGGCGCUCUGUGGUGCCCGCCACGCCAACGGAGCUGAUUGGAGGUACUGUGGAAACAUGAAGGUUGAAGAGCAUCCAAAGCAGGAUGGCCAUCGAGAUGCCAGCGCUUCAUUAUGUGACGACUGCAAGGGGAAGCAGCACUUGGACACACACACGGCCGUGACCCACACUGAGCAUGCAAACCCUCCGCAAACAGACAGCCCACAGGGGGCGCUGCCUACCCUCGUAGCUUAUACAGGCCAUGGUCUACUGUGGCUGGGCCAGAAAUUAGUCCUUGUAAUCUGGUUCGUCGCUCAGAAGACCCUCUCUCUCCUCUGGUUGGCUGUCAUGUCUCAAGCCCAGGGAUCUUCCUCAGUAUGGCAGCGACUCCUCACCCUCAUGUCUCUGCUUAGGGACUUCCUAUUCGUACGGUGUCUUCCUAACCUGCACAGACUCCUCCUGCUUCUCAUCCCCCUCCUCUUGCUCAUGGUGCUGUGCUACUGGGGUCCCUCCGCCCUGUGGGCCGUCCUUCCCGCUGUCAACAUCACCGAUUGGAGGGUAGAGUCCCUCCUUGGCUCCGCCCUCUGGGAGACCCCAUUGGAGGAGCAGACCAGUGCGGUUCCCUAUGCCCAGCCCCCCCUCCCGGAUGGGGAGUCACAGCCCUCCUCCUCUCCCCCGUCUCUGGACCCAGAUCGUCGGUGGAAUGUGGAGCACAUCGAGCGUUCUCUGGCCCAGCUGGGGGAGCGGGUGACGCAGGGAGAGAAGCGGAAUCGGGAGCAGAGCGCCCAGCUCUUGGCCCUCUACCGCCCCCUGCAGGAGCAGCUGGAGACGGGCACGCACCUCCGCCAGCUGGAGCAGUGGGCGAUGGGCAUGAUGGAGGACAAGAUGCAGCCGGUCAAGGAGGAGGUGGAGAGGAGCACCAGGGACGUGAAACAGCAACAGCAGCAGUAUGUGUCUCAGCAGCAGAGCUAUCAGACUCGAGUGGCUAAUCUGGAGGCCCUGCUGGAGGCUCUGGCACAGAAGACUGAGGAAGUCCAGAAAGCGCAGGAAACCACCCUAGCCCCUGUCAGUGAGGUUGUGGACUACGUUUCCCAUGAGACUUUGCUGCUGGAGGUGCAGAGGCUGGAGGCAGCACUGGGCAGCAUCAGGGCAGACCUGCAGGGAGUCAAGGGGUGCCAGGGACGCUGUGGGCAGCUGGAGAACAUCCAAAACAUGGUAUCUGCGCAGGUUAAGCAGGAGCUGCAGGCGCUGUUCUAUGGCGCGGAGGCCGACGGCGGCACCCUGCCCGAUUCGCUCCUCCCGUGGCUCGCUGCCCGCUUCGUCAACGGCUCCGACCUGCAGGCCUCGCUGGCCGCCUUGGAGCAAAGCAUCCUGGGUAACGUGUCUCGGCUGGUGGAGCAGAGCGAGCAGAAGCGCCAGUCGGUGCGUGCGGAGACUCUGACACAGAGCAUCAGGCAUUCCACCAGCCAGACCGGCCUGUCCGAGGAGCAUGUAGAGCUGAUCGUGAAGAACGCCCUGAGUCUGUACUCCCAGGACCGCACUGGCAUGGUGGACUACGCCCUGGAGUCUGGAGGUGGCAGCAUCCUCAGCACUCGUUGCUCUGAGACGUUUGAGACCAAGACGGCCCUGAUGAGUCUGUUUGGCCUUCCUCUGUGGUACUUCAGCCAGUCUCCCCGCGUGAUCAUACAGCCUGACGUCCAUCCAGGGAACUGCUGGGCGUUUAAGGGUUCCCAUGGUUACCUGGUUAUCCGGCUGUCUAUGCGUGUGGUUCCCAUGGCGUUCUCUCUGGAGCACAUCCCCAAGUCGCUGUCACCGACCGGACACAUCACCAGCGCUCCCCGAGACUAUACAGUCUACGGUCUGGAGGAUGAGCAGCAGGAGGAAGGCAGGCUGCUGGGCCGCUAUACGUACGAUGAGGAUGGAGACGCCCUGCAGACACACCCAGUCACGGAGUCGAGUGAGCAGGCCUUCCAGAUCAUUGAGAUGCGGGUGCUGUCCAACUGGGGCCACUCAGAUUACACCUGCCUCUACCGCUUCAGGGUGCACGGCCGACCCGCUCCCUACUGACAUCACACUCGACCAGGACCUGCACCCACUCUCUGCACUACCCAGUGAGCGCGCACACACACACACACACACACACACACACACACACCAUACAAAAACACACAUAUACACACAGAGCACAUAUGUACACACAAUUACAUUUAAAAUCCAGGCUUAGAACAUCUGAACUACAACUGUUGCUAUGCAGUAGAGAUGCAUCCAUUUCCUCCUCAUUAUCAAAGGGCUCCAACAGUAAACACACACACUCAUUCAAAUAAUUACUGACAACCACUUCCUACUUCAACUUACUUCAGUCUGUGUAGCCACAGUCUAACUUUGGUCUAACACCCCUGCCCUUGUAAUGGUCCAUCUCUGUGUACAGGAUCCUGUAAGGUAACUAGUUCUGUAAUCCACUGGAUGGCUUUAAUAAGAGGUCUGUGUUGCUAUACAGGAUCCUUCAGGAUCUUUCCAUAGACUCAUCUGUUGUAGCGCUCUAGACACUCACUUCAUGAAGGGCUGGCUCUAGCAGGCAGGAUCCACUCAGUCUGGACAGUGGAUCCUGCACAGAAAAUCUAUGUCUGAAUGUAAACAUGUAAAUGUUGUGAAUAUUUUUUGUUUGUUUUCUCUCACCUGACACUCUACAUCAGUGUUGUUUGAAAGCCAUAAAACCUUGUCAUAUUGAACCUGACCAUUUUUAAAUAUUUCAUUUUAUUUGAUAUUUUUAUCAUUAUUUUGAACAGGAGUUGAAUAAUCCAUUCUCUUCUAUUAAUGGAGUGGCCAGUUCAGUCAGUCACAGCCCCAGCCAUAGCACUUGUCUUCCACUAUAACCUGUUAAAACGUCUACUGCAAGCUCCCAGUGGUGGAAAACCAUUGUCUGUUAUUAUUUAUUUUGGUUUUCUGUUACUGAAAUUUAAAAGUGCUUUUUGUAAGAGGUAUUGUUUUUCCUCUAUGCAUUUUCCCUGAGGACCACUGACUUUUUUUUUUUUUAAAUGGUAAUGUAAUAUUGUGUUUUAUAUGAAAUCUAAAUUGGAAAGUUCUAAUAAAAUAAUUUAAUAUGAGAGUUUGUUUUUUAAA